AGGUCGUACUAACUAUCCAAAAACCACCGACUGCUUGGCCUUCGAGGGUAAAAUAUACGUUGAAACAGCUUUUUUCGCAGAAGUUACUUCAACUGAGGCAAUCUAGUCGCGCAAACAAGAGGGAGAGAGAAUAAUGGACUGGGAUUGCGGGUUCUCCACCAACUCGCCCGAGUUCCUGCAGCUGGGGACGGAGGAGAUGGAGGAACUUCGCUCGGAGAAGACCGUAAAGGCCACCAAGUCUCCUGAAGAAAUAGAGAAGCUGACAGUUGAUGAGACACUCUCUCCUAUUGAAAAGGCUGAUCUUCUCCUCAGGACGGGUCAGGAGGUACAGAAGGUGUAUGCAGUCCAGCAGUUGCCCUGUCUCCUGGAGACCAACAGAGAUCAGACUCUCAACAAGAUUGUCCCGAGAAUAUGUGGAAACCUGCCCAGUGCCUCGGCCAAUAUCCAGACGGCAGCUGGGCGGAGUCUGGGCGUGGCCUUAUCCAGAAAUCUAAUCCCCACCCACAUUUUCUCCUCCUCCUUCCUGCCCCUGGUGAUCAGACUCAUCAAUUCCAGAGACCCUUCUGUCAGCAGUGUAUGGUUGGACGCGUUGCUAGUGGCAGUUCCGUCGCUAACGAAGGACGUAAUUAGGAGGGACAUACUCUCGUUGGCUGUUGCUAGGUCGCAGUUGUCACAGACGGUCAAUUCUAGGAAAUCUGGCUGUCUCAUUUUUGGAGCUAUCGCACAGAAAUUUGAACCAUUCUGGUUGAAGAGGGAGGUGUUUCCACAAGUAAAGUCUCUCUGUCAAGAUGUGGACUCUGAGGUCAGGAUAACCAUGUGCUCCCAGCUGCACAUCUUCGCCAAAUGCAUGAACCCAGAGCUAGCGAAAUCCUGCGUGCUCCCCGAACUAACGGAGCUGACAAACGACGAAGAACCCGCUGUCAGAGAGGCGGCUCUGGAGUCAAUAGCCAACGUGGUCUCCCAUCUACCAGUGGAGACAGUCAGAACUGUGGCCGUCCCUCUGGUCGUAAAGAUCUUUCAAAAAUCACUGACCGAUGUUUCCAGUCCUGAUUUGACCGGCGUGGCACGACUGCUGGGGAAACUCAGCCACCAACUGAAAGAUGUGAUGACGGCCGACUUGCGUGACUGGUUUGUCAAGUUCUACUGCCAGCUCAGCAGGUUUGACGACCCCGUUAACGAGGGGAGGCCCCACUCCGUUGCCACGCCAACCACCACCGUCCGGAAUGGAAUGAGGACGGAAUGUCGUCGUCUCUGUGCUUACAACUUCCCCGCAAUGGUGCAGAUGGUAGGAGGAGGCGGGUACGUCGUGAAGCUAAGCUCCACCCACCAGGACCUGGCAACGGACGAUUCGCCUCGCGUGAGACACACCGUUGCCAGCGGUUACCACGAGGUGGUCCGGUUGCUAGGAGACAAGAGUAUGAGUGCGGUGGGCAUCUAUCAGAAACUACUCAACUCAAAAUCAGUUGAAGUUCUGCAGGGUCUGGCUGGUCACAUGACCGAGACACUCAAGGGCUUCGCGAAAUCCGCAAAUCUCUCCCCCGAAACAAAGCAUCCCGGUAUUCCGGAGCUGAUCGGUCCACUGAUAACAGCAGAGGGUGUGGCCGGCAGCUGUCGUCAAUGGCGACUCCACGAGCAGAUAGUAACAGGGUUUUCCUCAUUGGUUCACUGCCUAACGACGGACCAACUGUACAACAAGAUAGUCCCCAUUCUUAUGAAGAUCAUCACUGGAAAGUAUGUUCGUCCAGUGAAGCUGGCAUCGUGUCAGUCACUAGCAGUUGUCACCAGGCACCUCCGGAAGGCCGACCAGAGAUCAGCCGUCGUCGACAGACUCAGCAGA